AUGGCUGCUGGCAGGAGGUGAGUAUUUUACUUUCAGUCUCAUUCAAUUCGUUGAGCUCUCAUUCUGACGCGUUUUCUUCAUAUUUUAGCACAAAAUUGGAUCGUGUGUUCUUGCGUCGUUUCAAGAAAUGUCUUGGUAUAAUGUUUCCAACUUGGCUGGCGACCUCCACGCUUCUGUUUGUACUGCUCUUGGGCUUGUCCUUUUUACGUAAGGAAAAAAUGCCUCGUGUAUUAGGAGUCUAGAGUACAUUUUAAUUUAUGACAAUGUGUUGCUAUGAAGGUGGUUUGAUAUAGAUAUUCCAUCUUGUGUAGUAUGUAGUGAUUUCUGGAAUGUGCCCAAAUAUUUUCAAUAAGGGAUACAAAAUUACCGUAAAUUAUUUACGUAGCAAUUAUAGAAUUCCAAGGCCAAUUCACAGCUUCCAUACUGUUCUAAUAUUCUAGUGGCCCUAAAGAUAUUUUUUAUAUUAUUUAAUGCCUGACCCUUUACUGUAAUAUCCAAACUGCUAUUCUAUUUAAUUUUUGUUGUUAUACCCCUGAAGAAUUCCUGGCUAAAAACAUGCACUUACCCUAGGCUCGGUCCCAGUCGUUCCCUCUUGGGAGAGCCCGGGAGGGAACGGCUGGGACCGAGCCUACAUUUUUUGUCAACUGUUGAUUUUUUAUUCACAGUUACUCACAGAUGUUACGAAAGCAACAUCUGUGAGUCAAGAGCAUCAUCUGUGUGUCAAUGGUUACUUGAGUGUGGAGCAGUUAAACAAUGGGAAGUGACCAGCCUGCUUUGUACACACUGUUUGCCUGUGAAUCGUGUAUUUCUGAACCAGAAGUCGGGCUGGAGCAUGCUUUGCUCCUUGGAUUUGCAAAUGAAACACAACAAAUGGGUGAAAUGGCAAAAUUUGCAUGGUGCUUGAUUGCAAAAACAACUGCAAACUGCUGUAAUUCUUUUUGUCACUUUCAUUUUAUUUUAUUUGUGAGUCAGAUUCAGGGAUGCAGGAAGUUGCUGAGGGCAAGGAGUGCAAUUGGUUAACAAGAGGGCAUACUCCUUAAUAAAAGGGCAGCAAGUGUCGACCUCCCUCCCUGUCACCAAUUUUUUUCGGACCAAAUACAAUUAUUUAAGCACAAUUCCUCCGUAAUUUCUCGCCAAGCAUUCCAUAAGUAAUGCUUUCCAUAAUUCACCUCUCGCCAAAUAGAUAACAACUUUGUCAAAUUCCUGAUGACUGGGGGGUGGAGCACCCACACACACACAUCCUUGAACGACAUUUAAUUCUGUCUGUUGUAAAAGUUUUGUGCAUCUGUUACACCCAUACUCUGCACCCGCACUGCACCCACAAAGUUGAAAAUGCAAAAGGUAAGGGGUGCACUUUCCCCCGCUGCACCCGUGGUUCUGGCAUCCCUGGUCGGAUUCAACGGCCUUUGAUUUGAAAUGGCAAUUAGGACUGACAAUGAGUAUCAUUCUAUGUAGAGCAAGCAUUGUAUUACAACUCUGGUUUGAUUCCAAGUCGAUAUGUUGAAGUGAUGGUUGACAAAGACCGCUCUGGAUUUCAACAAGUCCUUGUCACUUCAGUCAUUGUUAUCAUCAGCACAUCCCUGGUAAUUUACACCAUCACCACAGAAUAGAGACCAACAGAAGUCUGACUUCUUGUCUGCACUUAUGACACAGAAUAAAGACACACAGAAGGUCGACUCCAGGAUUCGUCAUCAAAAUGCUGACGCCAUGGCCUAGUUAGACUUGCUCCAAGUCUUCCCCCCCCCCCCCAUUGUCAUAUCGAUCCACUAUAGUAUACAUUACAUGACUUAGUACGGAGGGGCGGAGCGAGAAAGAGAGACUUGUCAACUUCGGAAAAUCUCGGUUCAAAACUUAACCGAAAAUGCAAGACUUGCUUUGUUUUCUGUCAGUGUUUAUAUGUAUUGAUCUAGCACAGUGUAAAUAACACGAGUUCCAUUAUAGUAAAUUAUACAGAAAGAAAUUGAAGGAAAACAAUUAAAGCAAGUAUUGCAUUUUCGGUUCAGUUUUGAACCGAGAUUUUCCGAAGUUGACAAGUCUCUCUUUCUCGCUCCGCCCCUCCGUACUACGUCAUGUAAUGUACACUAUAGUGGAUCGAUAUGACAAUGAAAGAGAGACUUGGAGCAAGUCUAUGGCCUAGUGCGCUUAUGAGAGGCAUUCCCCCCUGGACAUCUGCCUUUUUUAAUAUUAUCAGGGGGGUGAAUGCCUCUCAUAAGCGCACUGGCUAUGACCAUGGCGUCAGCAUUUUGAUGACGAAUUACGGUUACGCUAAAAUCAUAGGGAAAACCAAUAAGUCGUGCUUCUGUAUAGUCUCUACUCUGUGCUUACGAUAUUGGCGUAACUGUUGCAAUGCUGUCGCCAUGUUCCUAGCCAGUGCGCUUACAAGAGGCAUUCACCCCCCUGCGUAUAUUCAAAAUGGAGGAUGUUCAGGGGGGUGAAUGUCUCUCAUAAGCACACUGGUUAGGAACAUGACAAGUGCAUUUUGAUGAGGAAUUGUAGAGCACAGGAUAAAGAAUAAUAUAAAGAAUAAUAUAAAGAAUAAUAUAAAGAAUAAUGUAAAGAAUAAUAUAAAGAAUAAUAUAAAGAAUAAUAUAAAGAAUAAUGUAAAGAAUAAUAUAAAGAAUAAUAUAAAGAAUAAUAUAAAGAAUAAUAUAAAGAAUAAUAUAAUUCUGGCUAAUUUAAACAGAAUUCCAGGUUAAUAGUUCACCUAACAUAAUCUGGUUAAUUCAACCAUAUAACGUGGUUAAAUUAGACAGGAUAGUGAUCAAAUGAAUGGCCACAUAUAAUCCAGGCCAAUUUUAUAAAACAUCAUUUAUUGAGGUUGCAUGACAUUAUAUUUUUGUGCUAGAUUUGCAUCUCCAAAAAUUCUUACUUUUGCCCAACUUUUCCUGAAAUUUUAGUCCUACUUUUAUCCCAAAUGCCAGAAAGACUGCUGGUGAUUUGCAAUUUAAUUGUUCUUUUUGUUGGUCAGGUUAAAAGUUUGGUGAGUUUUGUGUCUGGUGUUUUGUACGUGAACUGGAGAGGAAGUCUGACGAGAUUUAUCCAAAAAUUUUAUUUUGCUCAAGACAAUUACUAUGAACUGAAUGUCCUACAACGAGAUAUUGAUAACUU